CACCCCUGGAGUUCCAGAGGCGCGAGGUCAGCCCAGCUCCGGCCCGCAGCAUAGCAAGCAGACCCUAGUCGGAACAACUGCGGGCCGGAGCCGGGCAGAGCAGCGGGGGACGUCCCCCUCCAGGUCCUUUCCACGGUCCCUGAGCAGCCAGGGCGAAGGUGAGGCAGAAAGGGGCCGAAACCAUGAACCGGAGUUUUCAUAAGUCUCAGACCCUGCGCUUCUAUGACUGCGGCGCGGUGGAAGUCAAGAGCAAAUUUGGGGCUGAAUUCCGAAGGUUCUCUUUGGACCGUCAUAAGCCUGGGAAGUUUGAAGAUUUCUACCAGUUGGUCGUGCACACCCACCACAUCUCCAACACUGAAGUAACCAUUGGCUAUGCAGAUGUGCAUGGGGACCUGCUGCCCAUCAACAAUGAUGACAACUUCUGCAAGGCAGUCUCCAGUGCAAAUCCUCUGCUCCGAGUCUUCAUCCAGAAACGAGAAGAGGCAGACCACUACAGCUUUGGGGCAGGCACCCUGUCAAGGAAGAAGAAGGUGCUGGUGACGCUAAGGGAUGAGGGUCUGCGUCGGCGCACCCACCUUGAUAUCAGCAUGCCACAUGACUUCCGCCCAGUAUCCUCCAUCAUUGAUGUGGACAUCCUCCCCGAGACUCAUCGCCGUGUGAGGCUUUACAGACAUGGCUGCGAGAAGCCACUGGGCUUCUACAUCCGUGACGGUACAAGUGUACGGGUGACACCGCAUGGGCUAGAGAAGGUUCCAGGCAUCUUUAUUUCCCGCAUGGUGCCUGGGGGCCUUGCAGAGAGUACUGGGCUGCUGGCUGUGAAUGAUGAAGUCCUGGAGGUGAAUGGCAUUGAGGUAGCUGGGAAGACACUCGAUCAAGUCACAGACAUGAUGAUCGCCAAUAGCCACAACCUCAUUGUCACUGUCAAGCCUGCCAACCAGAGAAAUAAUAUUGUACGAAGCAGCCGCACUUCUGGCAGCUCUGGCCAGUCCACAGACAGCACUGCCAGCCACCACAGCUUGCCAGCUGCCCAUGUCCUACAGAACUUCCAUCCUGAUGAGAUGGAGAGUGACGAGGAAGCCGACAUAGUCAUUGAAGGGGCCUUGGAGCCUCAACACAUACCCAAGACACAGAGUGUACCUCCUAGCAGCCUCUCUCGAGCCAAUGGCAUUAGCCUUGUGGACAGGCUACACCGGGACUUGGCCCUGCACAGCUCUGGGCGAGAAAGCAAUGGCAGCAUUCACAGACUUCUCAGCUCCCUGAAGUCUGACCCUCGCAAUAGCCUAAUCCUCCCACCAGGUGGGGUGGAGGAACAUGGGCCAGCUAUCACACUGUAGCACCCAGGGCAUCAGAGGAGGCCACAGAGCCCAAGGCCCACACAGACAUUUGGCCAUGAUGACAGGUGGCAGAGCAUUGAGAGGAGCUAGUAAUGCUAUUAGUGAUACCAAAAGAAAAAUUUCCAAAGGGAGAUAAAUAUUUUACAUUUUUAUAUCAAUUUUAAAAUAAGAAAAAUAACUGUAUACUUCCUUUUUUAAUCACUCUUAUAACUGUAUUCUUUAACUUCUGGACAGCAAUUAAAAAUACUGUCUAUUUUUAUAGGAUUUCUACAUAGAACUUAUAUACACAUGCAUACACUUUGGGCCAGACCUGAGUACAGGUCCCAGAAAGACUUCUGAGUAAAUGCAAAACAAACUUUAUUUUUAAAUUAUGAAAAUACUUCAUUUUCUAAAGUGAAGCUUUAAAAUAACCUUUAAGAUAGUAAAGUUGGUAUUUUUACCUUAACUGGUGCAAAAACACUCUCUGAUGCCCAUGCUUUUUGCUGACCUGCUGGCAAGGCUGCAACAAGAAGCUAGAGACUAUUCAUAAGGACAGUGGCACCCAAACCUGUGACAUAACCACAGGAAAAGAAUUUCAGUUUUCAGUGUUUCACAGCCAGUUCAGAAAAACUAGUGAGGGAAAUGUCACACAAGAACACAUAGCUGUGGGCUUGGCUGUGGAUCUGUGACAUCAUCAAAGUUGCCAGCCUUUCCAGAACCAGGAAAAAGGCUGGUUGGAAGGUAAAGCUUGGCAAUACCUCAGCAAUGUGUGCUUCACAGCCAGUAUUUUAUUCUGAGAUGUGUCAGGUCUUUUUCUGGGUCAUUUGGCUCUAGAGAAGUUUUAGAUAUAAGGGCUGUGAAUCACAGACUCUGAAGUCUUCAGAACAGGCAUUUGGGUAUAUGCAGUUAUAUCUUCACUGUUAAAAACAGCCAGUUCUAAGUCACAGUUAAUACACACUAAUUUCCAUUCCUAGUGUAGUGCUCAGUGGCAAGAAUAUACCUUGUCACUUUUAACUUCUUAGGGAUUUAUGUUUGACCCAAUUAAUUUUAUAUGAAAUAUGUGUUUUGUUUUGAAUGUCAUGUGAAAAAUGUUACAUUUAUACUUUAAGAACAAACUCUGACCAAAUAAAUCUUUCAUGUAAAUGCAGGUAAAAAUAUCCCUGGGUUUACUCCACAUGUUGCUCCCCUUGUCGUGUUGCACCACCUGCUGGUCAGUGGCAGAACUGACUGAUUUCAUGACUGUCAAGAUGGAAACUGCAGCUCAGCAUUUUCAUUUGUCUUCAGUUCAUUUGAGAAAAUUCUUUUCCUUUCGGAAACUAUUUACUGGGCAGAAGUAGCUUUCACUAAGAUACCUCCCCACCAGAUCUGCUCUCCUCCCAGAUUCAUGGGCGCUGAGGAAAUGCAAGCGCACUGCCUUCGCUACCACAAAGGCUGAAACAGAGUUUUUUUACUGAGUACUAUAGAAACAAAAUUCUAAUGCUUGAUUACUAUCUGGAAUAACAGUCUGUUACCAAGUAGGAAAAAUGUAUUUCUGCCCAUUUUUAAUUGUUAGGGCAAGUAUGAAUCAGUAUUUUUUAAAAAAAAGCUUACUCUGAACUUAUGCCUAUUGUUUGUAAUUGUAAAAAUUACAAACUGCUAGAACUUUUCUACCGAGGUCUGUAGUUCUGCCAUUUUCUGGUUUUU